UCCUUUAGCUAGUCCCAAUAAAUAAAACUGUCAGAAUGUGGCUUGAACAAAUUUUCAGUCAGUGCACAGGAGAGGAAAGACAGAACCACAAAGCUGCUGAGCGAAUAGUUAAAUGGCAUCUAAUGUCCUGGGAUCACAUAAUGGAAUUAAAUUCACGUUUCACAUUUUAAUUCUGUGGCGACAUGCAUUUGUUUCUGAUGCAUUUGAUGUCACUGUACCGAAGACUGCUUUACUCGGUAUCCACAGUCACAGUAUCGUCCUUGGGUGCCGUUUUAAUGCUACCGGUGACUUCUCACUUGAACAUUUUGUAAUUAAUUGGCAACGCACUGAAAACAACGAGGUGGUGCACAGUUAUCAUUAUGGCAAAGAUCAGCUUGGUCAACAGAGUAAACAGUAUUCAGGCAGGACAAGUCUAUUUCCAGGGGAAUUCAAAAACGGCAAUGUUUCACUGCAGUUGGACGGACUGAGAGUUGAGGAUGCUGGUCAGUACAUGUGUUAUGUCAGCAGUACAAUGGGAAGUGCCAAAGGAACAGUGUCAUUGACAGUUGCAGCUUACUACAAGGAGCCGGAACUGCUCGUCAAACUUCAGUCAUCCAGUGUGACCUUUGUUCUAACAUCUCGAGGUUAUCCUAAAGCAUCUGUUUUUCUGGCAAUGUGCAGAAGAUAAUAACACGCUCAUUGAGCCUGAAGUUUUCUUUGCUGAAACUGAAGAUGGUCUUUACUCACUCCAAAGUAGUCUUGAAGUUGCUAACACAGAGACAUAUUGUAACCAUAUCGUUGAAAUACACAACCAUCUUGUCAAUCAGACUAUCAUCAGGAAAUUCAACAUCUUUAUUCCACAGAGGAUGGAAGCACAGGAGAAAGUUUCGUCCAGUUACAUUUGGAUUGUUUUGGGCCUGUUUCUACUGAUGAUUACAGCAAUCCUCAUUCUGAAUAUGUGCAUAAGAGUAAAAAAGCAACACAAGUAUCAAAAAACAAUGAGCGUGUAAAUGUGGAAGUAUGAAUAAAAUGUUUAACAUCUACUUAUCCUUGUGGUACUGGAAAAGUCAGAAUAGAAAUCUGAUGUUGUUUAUUAUCAGCCUUACACAAUUGGAAAUCUUUUGUUUCCUGUGUCAGAGGUGAAAAUUAUAAUUGUAGGUUGUUUUACAUCAGAUGGAAUAUUUGGAUUGGGUGCUUUUUGUUAUUACACUUCACUGGUGACUCUGACAUGAUCACCGAAUCAAUUGUAUACGUAACAAUAUUUGUAAGGAACUUGGAGCAGGGGGUUUUGGGCUUCGUUGAGUGUUGCUGGGCAACAGUACAAAUCUUCCACUGACUACGAGAUCAUUGGUCACCUGUCCUUGGACCAUGCUGGUACUUCCAUCACACAGCUUUCCACAGGUUUCCAGCUCUCACCUGAUCAGACAUGCACAGCACAGUCUCUGCCCAGCACAACGCUCUCAGCAUCCGGUCAGCUGCACGCACAGAUUGACCUUCACACCAGUGGAGGUCCUGUCCCGAAGCUUAAAAGCUGCUUGAGUUAUCCAUGAGAUUGAAUGUUUCUGAAGUUUCUAACUUUUGCAAAUAUUCAAACAAAAAACUCAGGGAGAGCAAAUGGGAAAACAGGAGGGCAUUAAAAUAACAAGGACUACAAGUGGAGCGGAUUCAAUGGCCGCUAUCGAUCUGUAGAUAUGGCAGAAAGAAAAAUAUUGCGCAACCGACAUUUUAAUGUACAUGGAUCACAAAGAUAAUAUAUUGUGAUUCUAAAAACAAAUCAACAUGAUGUGACCCCUCUCAAAGUACCCACAUGUCAGCUUCACAGGCUCCACCAAUUCCCUCCCAGAGUUUGUGCGGUCAUCUAGAGUUGAUCUCACUCUCAGUAAUUGCUGAGUUUACAGUGAGUACUUCCUCCACCCAUCCUCUGAUUCCACUACAUUUGGCAUCUGCCUGCUUUGGAGGUUUUGGGAAUAUCCAGGCUAGUUUGCCUGCAGGGAAAUUCCCAGUCUUAGCCCCUUCACCUUGAUUCACGGGGAUGAUCCGAUGAUAGGGUUAACAGAAAGCAACAAACCUCAUGCAGAUCCACAGUGGGAUCCAUUGAGAACCUUCUUGAUAUAUAGAUGUGCCUAAUCUAACGAGGCAUGCCGAAUACAUGCAGGAUCACAAAGCACGUACAGAAACCCUGUCGCUGUUAUAAUUAUUUGCCUCUGAGGGGCAGGUAAAUCAGAUCUGGAAUGAACUAGUAGAGCUGCUGCUUCACAACUCCAGUGACCCAAGUUAAUUCCUGAGCUCUGGUGAAAUUUGCACAUUCUCUCUGUGGCCGAGUCGCUCAUCCACAUCCUGAAAAUGUACAGGAUGAUAGACCAGUUGGCCACGAUAAAAUUAUUCCUAGUGUAGAGACGAGUGGUAGAAUCUUCAUUCAUUCAUUCAUCAUUGUUGAAAACAUUAGCGACGCAGUGGUGCUGGUUUCCAAUGGGAACGGUCACGGACGCACCACACAUGUCUGUCCUCCAGGUCCUGCGGGCAUCCGCCGCUGGAAGUACAGGAUUUUGGUGUGUGUGCUUUAUCAUCAUUCCUUACAAUGCCAUGUACGACAUUGAUCGCAACUUCUACUGAAGUGUGGAAGGCCGUCGGCUCGGUAGAAGCUCAUCCGCCCUUUGACAGGUCUUGCGUUUUGUCCUGCUGGGAGUCCACAGUCCCCUCCUCACCUGGAAAACCGGGUGGGGGAGAUGGUUUAGUUGCCGACUAUCUGACCAUUGAGCAGGAAGCACGGGAGUACAUGGUACCCGUGGCGUAGGGGGGGGGGGGAUCCUGACAUGGUAGAAUCUUGGGGGAAAUUGAUCUGUGGGGAGAAUGCAAUGGGUUUAGUAUAAAAGGGUGCUUAAGUGUUAGUGCAGCCUUGGUGGGCUGAAGGCCAUUGCUAUUUUACAUGACUACAUGACUUCCUUAAACCUGAUCCCUUUCGAUUUCUGUUUGGUUCUGCCUAAGUAAUGGUUAAAGCUGGGAGAUUUACCUUGUACUUUAAGAUCCAAAUUUCUUUAACAUGUUUUCAGUUAAUUUAUAAUCAGUAUUGGCAGAUACCUUCAAGGCUGAUUCCCCCAAUUACAAUCUAAUGUGCGGAGGAGAUUCAGAUCACACUGUGGGUGAUAAACAAAUUUGGGUCUUGCCGAACUUCACAUUUUAAUGACUCCACUGGUGCUCAAAAUCAGGCGGAUUGUAAUUGAAUAUCUUACUAAAUAUAUUCCAUUCACUGAGACCACAUGGUACAAAAUGAGGUGUGCAGAAAGGUAUUUAUUUAUUUUCUGGAACCUUCUGCUGGGUAGGUCACGAAAGAAGGAUAAUUAAAAAUAUUUAAAGUGAAGGUGGGUAAAUAUUUGAUAGAUGAAUGAGAGAGGGGCAUGGAGAAAUGACAAAGAAUAGGAGUUAAGGUCAGCAUAGAUCAAUCAUGAUCGCAUUAUAUGGUGGGGCAGGCGUACAAACUGAUGGCCGACCGACACCUAUUUCUAUUGUUCUUGUGAAAACGGGUUUAAAUUACAAUUCUAAAUUAUAAAUACAGUAUUGACAGAAACUAUAAACUUAGUUUGUUUUACACACAUAUUUAUGCUCAAAAGAUUGUUUUUAUUCAGCUUUAAAUUGUACGUCUUUAAGACAUGUAAUUGUCCGUUUUGUGAUUGAUAUUUGUGCUUACCAUAUAUUUUAUUGUUUGUACAAAUAAUUCACUGAAAAAAAAUUACUGAUAUUUUCCUAUCUUGUGAGACAAGACGUGAUGUCCUAUUAUUUGGAAAUACUUUCUUUACGCAUGAAGUAUUUCACUGCAGCAUGUCUGUACCUGCAUUUAAUUUUCUGUCCAAUUGAGUUAAUUAUAUUAAACAUCAGAAGUUA